AUGGCACCCGGCGAGUCCAAAGAUGAGCGCGAAGAACGAGUCGCUCGCCUCUGGGAAAGUUUGGACACGCGCAAAGAGGGCCACGUCGACUUGAAUGGUCUCAAGAAGGGUUUGAAGAAGAUUGACCAUCAUGACCUGCUGCGCACCUUUUUGCGUGAUGUCGACAUCAACCGCGAUGGCCAGAUAGAUUACAAUGAAUUCCGAAAGUUUAUCAACAAUACCGAAACGGGCCUUUGGCAGAUGUUCCAGCAUAUUGAUCGCAACAAUAAUGGAGUGAUCGACAAGGAGGAGCUGCGAAGUGCCUUUGCAGGGUCGGGAGUCAUCGUGUCUAGCGCGAAGCUCGAUGAGUUUUUUGCCGAGAUUGAUAAGAAUGAGGAUGGAGUCCUUUCCUACGCCGAAUGGAGGGACUUUUUGCUCUUCCUUCCGCUUCACUCCACGUCCGACUUGCGCGCCGUUCUAUCAUAUUACACAGCAACGGGCAAUCUAAACCCGGAAGGAGAUGUCCACAUCAAUGAUCUGCAGGGUUUAGGUACAGAUCAAAAAUUUCCUAAUUCUUACCUCCUUGUCCUCCAGCGCGUCUUGUACAAUAUCCUCUCUCUGCCAGCGCUGGCCUCUCUGCUUCCAUCCGCAUUCGCACAAACCACCCUCACCACCGGCUCAGUAUCGAGUCUACUCUCUGCCUCUGACAACGACUUGUCAUCAUUGGAUGGCGAUUUCGAGAUGGAAUGGCUGCCCAUCCCUAAGACCGUCGCCAUGUGGAUGUCAUUUCGCUACUAUGAACGCAAGUUGACCGAGAACACUCCUCAACUAGGCUACUUUAUCGCAGGCGGUAUUGCAGGGGUUGUUUCGAGAACUGCAACUGCACCGUUAGACCGUCUCAAAGUUUACCUGAUCGCUCAAACGGGGAGCAAAGAGUCGACGGUUCGUGCGGCAAAGGAUGGCGCGCCACUGGCGGCGGCAGGAAAUGCAUCCAAAACACUGCUUGGUGCCCUGAAGGAACUUUGGCGAGCUGGUGGAAUUCGAAGCUUAUUUGCUGGGAACGGACUGAAUGUGCUGAAGGUUAUGCCUGAAUCUGCUAUCAAAUUUGGCGCCUAUGAGUCUUCAAAACAAGCAUUUGCCCGACUGGAAGGCCACAACGAUCCCAAAAAACUCAGACCCACGUCUCAGUUUUUAUCGGGUGGUAUUGGUGGAAUGGUAGCCCAGUGCUUUGUUUACCCGGUUGACACAUUGAAGUUCCGCAUGCAAUGCUCCACUAUCGAGGGUGGCUUAAGAGGAAACAAGCUCAUCUUUGCCACGGCGCAAAAAGUCGUCGCUGCCAACGGUAUCUUUGGGUUCUUCCGCGGCCUGCCCCUAGGCCUUGUUGGAAUGUUCCCGUACGCGGCGAUCGACCUAUCCACCUUCGAGUAUCUGAAACGAGCCCUCGUUACCCGACAGGCCUGCCUCGAUCAUUGUCAUGAAGAUGACGUGACACUGAGCAACUUUUUCACCGGCACAAUCGGCGCGAUUAGUGGUGGUUUCAGUGCCUCUGUUGUGUAUCCUCUGAACGUGAUGCGAACCCGGCUUCAAGCGCAGGGCACAGACCUGCAUCCGACGACGUACUCCAGCAUCACCGAUGUCGCUCGAAAGACUUACAAAGCCGAGGGCCUUCGCGGGUUCUACAAGGGUCUGACGCCCAACCUUCUCAAGGUGGCACCGGCAGUGUCCAUCAGCUACGUGGUGUAUGAGAACUCCAAACGGAUGCUUGGUCUUAGAUAA